UGUUGUCAUCGCUGGCUUCACCGCCGCUGCUUUGCGCGCUUGUGUUUUGUUUCCUGUUUUGCAGCAAGCAACAAAUUCACAGCGAACAGAGCCAAAGGUCAUAAAAAGUGAGUUUACUUUAAUUAAAUAUGAUCUAAGAUUAAAGCUGCAUCUGAAUGGACGCGAGCUCAAACCCCUCCGCGGGACGAGAGAAGGAGGGUGUCCUCAGAGGCCGGCCGAUGUCUGACAGCGCGUCUCUGCCCUCUUACGCUGAGUAUCCUGCGGGACGUCCCUUCAUAAACACACCCCUGCCCUUCACUAACAGAUGUGUGUGUGUGUUUGCAGCUAUUCUUUCCGCGCUGAAGAACCUGCAGGAGAAGAUCCGUGAGCUGGAGCUGGAGCGAUGUGAAGCUCAGCAGAAGCUCCAGACCAUCUCCAGAGAAUCCACACACUCAGACCACAGACACAGAGACGAUGAUCUGCUCUCUCAGCUGACUGCGGCCGAGACUCGGUGCUCACGCUUGGAGAGACAUUUGGAGCAGAUGAGGAAGACCGUGAGAAACACAGAAUCAGACCGAAGCGCUGUGCUGCGACGACAGGUGUCUCUGGAGCGUCUGGGUUCAGCGGAUCGGGCCGAUGUUCAGCUGAAGCUGCAGAAGCUGGAUCUGCUGGAGCUGGAGUAUCACCGGCUGACGGAGACGCAGGGCGCCGCUGAGAGGAAGAUCAGACAGCUGGAGAGGAAACUACAGGAAGAGGAGCAUCAGAGGAAACUGGUGCAGGACAAAGCAGCUCAGUUGCAGACGGGUCUAGAAGCCAAUCGUCUGCUCAUCCAGUCUGUGUCUCCACGUCCACAUAAAUCCAGCAGAAUCAAACAGAAGAAACUCUCAAGAAAGAAACAUCCGUCGCAGCCGCAGCCGCAUUACAGACUCAGUCUGGGAGACGUGCCGUUUGUGACCGGGACGUCGACAGGCUCGAGUCACUCAGUGCGAGCAAACGUCCAGCACGUCCUUCAUCUCAUGAAGCAGCAUCAUCCUCAGCUGUGUAACGAGCGGGUGCUGGGACACGCCCCCUCCACCAAUCACAGCAGUAGCUCCUCCUCUUCCUCUUCCUGUGGGGAGGAGCUGUCAGAGCUGCUGCUGACGCUGCAGGACGAGUUUGGACACAUGAGCUUCGAGCAGCAGGAAUUGGCCAGACAGAUCCAGUCGUGCGGUUCGGAUCGCUUGCGGCAGGAUUUCGAGCGUGAGAUGGAGACGCUGGUGAAGAGGAUGGAGAAUAAAGGAGAACAGAUCGCUAAAGUCCGGCGACAUCAAGCUCAGAUGGAGAAGCUGAGGAGACGGCAGAGCUGCGGUGGAGGGAAAGGAGCACAGGUUAACGUCUCGAGUCGCGUGGAGGUCAAAGCCAGACCAGGUGAGCGCAGCCGAGACUCUCUGCGUCUGCUGAAGGACAUGCGCUCGCUGCAGACCUCACUGCGCAGCUGCGAAUACUGAGAGCUUGUGAGCAGUGUGCGUCAGGCUCACACAAACACCUCCGGGUCAAAGGGCAGACCAAAAUCAAAAGAAGA